GUACUCUUCUGGGAUCGUCCCAAGGUUGGACCGGCGGCCAUCGCAGUACUAAAGGAGGCGGUUGCCCGUACCUUCCACAGACAUCUUUACUGCUCAAUUUGCUGGUCUCGAAUACCUACUCCUUUACUGCUGCACUUUCCCCCUUUCUCACGAUGAUCAAUCUCGACGCGAUUAUCCCGUAUCAACCCCCCUUUCCUUCCAAGCCGUCCAAAUCUUCCAAAUCUUCCAAAAUCACAACACUGCCAUCAAAAUUCCCUCCAUUGAUUCACCCUUUACCACAAAAACCUGACUCAUCCCCUAUCCAAUCAUACCAGUCGAUGCCCAACUUCAUUUCCAUCCCGGUCGAUCAAGAGCAGACAUCUCGAAAACCUUUAUCCACAAAUGCUUUCGAUACGGAACUCGCCGCUUGGAGCGAUAUGGCGGUCAAGAAUACCACAGUUGUGAGCACGACCGCGGAGGAUAAGGGAGAGUGGCAACAAGAUCGCAAUGGCAGUGAAAGCCUUACAGAUAACUCCGAAAGUCUAUCUUCUGAUAUUCGAAGUGAUAGUCCAAGUGCUUCAGUAAUGUUUCAGGGGCCGGCCCGAGCACAUUCGCCGCACGAAGAAUCAACAAAACUGAUUGACAGUUCACGACGGUACGGGACUCAUGAUUCUACCAAUCCCGACUUACUAAGCGAAAACGCCAUUUCAGUUGCAAUCGCACAUUCCGAUAAUGUGGAAGAGUUACACGUGAAUGAUUGUGCUAGCGAUUUACAAUCAGCAGAAACCCUAACGCAUCAGCCCGAUAUUGAUGUCAGAGGCAGUGGCCCAGAGAGCCAGGAUAUUCCCAGUGAGGAAGGGGAAUUUACCCCAAUUGCCCUCCCUCUAAACGUGAUUUCAAGUGUGAAUGGGGAAACUGGCCUUACACAGCAGGACCAAGGCGAUGAUCCAGAUAGUCUACACUCAUGCGAGGGUGAUCAUUCGACCAAUGAACCAGCCUCCAUCCAGUCUCAAGACCCGGCACCGUCGGGGUCUAGUGAACAAAACGAAAUUUGUCACCGUGAAAACUGUGCAGUCCCUAUAGUUAUACCUGCAGCACAGUCUCCCAAGCCACGCAAACGCCCUUAUCAUUUGCGCACCGAGACGCAGACGUACCGAACAGAUCCACUAGAUGAAAGUGAUGAGUUCGACGACUCAAAUGAUGAUGAUUACGUCGACCGAGCACAGCAUGUGGAACACCGGCGCCAUUCCACAAAACGACCAAAGUAUCAGCCCAUCAUCAGUAGCGACCCAAUGGAACCAGAAGCGGUUGCAGGUUUCAAGCUUGGAGACUUGUCGCUUCCAAACUUGAGGACUGUUCAGCGAGGUGUCCUGACUUGCGAGUUCUUUCCAUCACAGAUUAUGUAUUCCUUCUCGUGGGCAGAGGGCAGAGGGUGCUCGGAUGAAUGUUCACCUAAUAAUAAUAACACGCUUAGCAAAGGAGACAGUCGGUGCGAAGUGAAUAGCACACAGGGAUCGGACCUUCAUACAUUUUCAAAAGAUAAGACCACCAAAAAAAUAGGUGACAACCAACGGACUAGUCACUUGAACACUCGACAGUCAGGCCUUGGAGAAAAACGCAAGCACAGGAAGGCGUGGACCAAUGAGGAAGAUGUUCGCUUGAAGCUGCUGAAAGGAAAGGGCAACCUGUCCUGGUCGCAAAUCCUGAGGCACUUCCCCAAUCGGACGGAGGGCGCGCUGCAGUUCCGAUACUCCAAGUUUCUCAAGAAUUCGACCUCGAGGCCGUCCGUUAUACCUUCACAUGAUGUGACUGAUCGAAAUAUCACGCUCCCAUCGUCGCCACAUUCAAGUCGUCACCAACAUGGGGAUCGUCCUUCCCAAUCUGCAACAGAGUCGACGCUUCGUUCGCGAUAUGGCCCGGCUCGGUGUCGACGAGCUGUGGAGCGCUAUUCACCGUAGGCAUUUUGUGAUCGACAUAUUUGAUAGGAUUAUGCGACCUCAGCUAGACAUCCAUGGUGGCUUGAAAAUUGUCAUGAGUGACAUUCAAUUGAAAAGCCUGUCAUGGAGUCUUCCAAAGAUCAUGCUUUGCUUGGCUCACGAUAACGCACGUGUCAAUCAGGCGUAUCAAUGAAGAAUAUUUGAGUGUGCUCUAGUUAGUGCUAUGGAAACAUCAAUCACAUGUGGUAAAUUAAAAGCUAUUACAGAGCUCAUCUGACAAGGCUGAUCCGUGAAAGCGAGUUGCUCUCUCCAGCUGAGACUCCGUUGACGCAGACAAGUAGAUAAGGAAGCCACGUCCCCGUUGAAUCCACAUUGCAGGAAUACAAAUAGUCCGUUACCAAUAUUCUUGACAAGAGAAUUUUCUACUUCGAAACUUCUUCGUUCUCCCUUGUAUCGUAUAGUUGAUACCUACAUC